AUGGCGCCUCCUCCCAAUCGAAAUCCAACAACUUUUUAUGAGUACGAGCAUGGCACAUCAGGAUCUCCCAGAGGCUCUAUCAGUAGCAAUCGAAGUGUACGAUUCGACUCGGGCAAUUUCUCUCCAUCUGCAGAAUCUGAUUAUCUAGCCCCUGGGGACCAGAAUGAACAAAUGGAAGGUCUGAGGAGACGAAGGUCUUCGAUUGCCAUGCGAUUCAACUCUAUUGCCCAUGCCGGAGGUGUAAAUAGUAUCGAGAACUUCGCGCGAAGUUUAACACGAGCUACUGCCUUCCACGAAAUUACUCCGCGCCGCCCGUCGUUCAUACUUGCUGGAGACGGCGCCGGAGAGGGUGAUGAUCCUGAUCUAGAAUAUGGAGGAUCACAGGCGGACUAUGGUAGAAUACCUCGAUCUUCCUUGAUCAGAGAACAGCUACGAAGAUCAAUUUCGGAUGAUGUGGGUGAUGAUGAAUCUGCAAUUGGCGAUGAGACAGAGAGCAACCUAUCCCGGGUUGCCAGCCACAUGAAACCCGAAGGAGAACGACUUCUUGGAGGCGAUCGCGCAAGUGUGCAAGGAAGUGUAAGAGGCGGUCAAUCUAUCUUUGCCAUUGCUCCGCAUCUAUCAACUCCUUUGGCAGGAAGCUAUGGAACGUCCUACGGCACAUUACGUUCAAACUUAAACGAGUCAUCGAUGGUCCAUGCUGGCCAACUUUGGCGACAACAACAGGCCACCGGCGCAAAUGUUGCUGAUGGGGAACACAUGCCUUUGAUUGUCAAGGAGGUCGAAGAAGAUGGAAAGAUCGUACUUGUGGUUGAGGGACAGUCUACGCUUCCACAGACGAUCCUUAACUCCACGAACGUUCUCAUUGGAGUUGGACUACUCAGUCUCCCUAUGGGUUUGAAGUACUCAGGACUGCUAUGUGGCAUGAUAUUACUCUUUCUAUCGGCGCUUGUUACGUCGUACACGGCGAAAUUGUUAGCUAGGUGUAUGGAUAGAGAUCAGAGUCUUCUGAGUUUCGCAGACGUUGCCUAUGCAACCUAUGGUCGCAAGGCAAAUAUUGCGACUAGCAUCCUUUUCACUAUGGAGCUUCUUGCGGCAUGCGUUGCCUUGAUUGUUCUUUUUGCAGAUUCCCUUAACUCGCUAAUUCCAUCCGUCGGAGUCAAUGAAUGGAAAAUUCUAUGUGGUCUUCUUUUGAUACCGCUAAAUUUUGUCCCUCUGCGUUUACUGAGUUUUACCAGCAUUCUUGGAAUCGUCUCAUGUUUUUCCAUUGUGCUAAUAAUUCUCAUUGAUGGGUUUGUAACACCACGAACUCCUGGUUCUCUAUUGGAACCGGCAACUCAAUAUAUUUUUCCAGCCAAUUGGCUCACGCUCCCACUUUCAUUCGGCCUUAUGAUGUCGCCCUGGGGAGGACAUUCGGUUUUCCCUAACAUUUAUCGUGACAUGAGACACCCAUAUAAGUUCGACAAGGCAGUCAAGUACACAUUCAGUUUCACAUAUGUUCUUGAUGCUACAACUGCUCUAGCUGGUAUAUUGAUGUUUGGAGAUAACGUUAUGGACGAAGUGACAGCCAACAUUAUUGGAAACUCAAGCUACCCUCGCAGCUUGUCUCUCAUGAUAUGCAUAUUCAUUGCCAUAAUUCCAUUGACCAAAGUUCCUCUGAACGCCCGCCCUAUUGUUUCUACAAUCGAAUUGCUCUGUGGGCUUGACUCUCGCGCCAUGCCCGAAUCACAGGCCCUUACCGGACUCUCGGGCUACACACGUGGUAUAAUCAAAGUUGCCAUUCGUAUCAUUGUUCUCAUCGUAUUUGUAAUCAUUGCUAUUGUCUUCCCGGCUUUCGAUAGUAUUAUGGCGUUUAUGGGUUCGGCUUUAUGCUUUACCAUCUGUGUCAUUCUACCACUUUUGUUCUACGUCAAGAUGUUUGGAAAGGAAAUUAGUAGGAGAGAGCUGAUAUUGGAUUACUGCUUGAUUGCUAUUAGUUCUGUAAUGGCGAUUGUGGGUACCGUCUGGGCUUUCUUGCCCAAGGAACUUAUUCACGCCGAAUAA